AUGCCACCUGCUCGAGGACGAAAUGUCGAUGACUCGAGAUCUGAGACCUCAAGCACCAUCACGAAUCAGAAGGAGAAGUCUACACUAGGGCUAGCCAGCGGCUCCGGAGUCUCAAAGGGAAAGCGCUUUGCAUCGGGGCUCAAUGUUCCCACCGCAGGGAAUAAAACCCCUGUGUAUGGAAAUGGGGCUGCUCCUCCCUCUGCAACGCCCGCAGUCACGGAAGGGGAUAAAGACCCAAGUCUUCCUCGAGUAUGUCGUACUACAUCUUCUGGCACAGGAUUAUCUCAAGGAAACAACAAGAAUAUGACUGACAAUGCUAUCACCCUCCAAAAGACCGAAUGGGCCACCAUGUCAGUCCCUAUUCUCCGCUCGUACCGCAUCGCACAUCGUCUCCCCGUCCCUGCAGCAUUUAAUUGCCCUCAUGCCGAGGUCACUUACAAAGCUUGCGAACUCGCAUUACGGGCUCCCUCUGCAGUUUACUACAGACGGAAACAACGUGAGCAACAUCUUCUACGACGCAAACACCGCCAAUCGCAGCAGACAAAUGGAACUGGCAAGAACAAUAAACCCAAAGACAGAGAUAAAGAGAAGGAUAAAUCAAAAGAGACAUCAAAUACAGACAAAGCCUCCAGCAUAUCUCCCUCGAUAGCUCAAACCGUCGAACCUCCCGAACCUCCCCCUUCCAACCAAGCCCAAGGCCAUCACACACCCUCUUCUCCAUCCUCUACCACCACCACCAUGAACCUCGGUCCCCGCGAACCAGCCUCGAAUCUCGCAAACGCUGUGCGCAAACAUUUCAACGCGCAACAGUUGAGCGAAGCCGACACAAUAGCGCGAUUUAUCUACGUUGUGCAGCAGAACGGAAGACAGGUCAGGACAGAGGGUUCCGAGGGGGAUGGAUCGGGAUAUUGGAUGGGGAGUCAGGGGAGGGCGAUGAGAAGGAUAGAUGGGCCGGGCGGAGAUGUUGGUUUUAGGCUGAGAUUUCGACCGUGA